AUGCCGCUGCGGCCGCGGAUGCUCCGCACCUACUCGCGGCGAGCCGGCUACCUGCGCCCGCUGCCGCCGCCCGACCGAUGGAUCUCGCCGCCGCAGGACCGCAAGCGCCUCUUCAGCUCGACCUCCGCCGCUUCCAGCGCUGCCUCCAGCGCUUUCUCCGUUUCCAGCGCCAACUCCACCCCCUCGGACGACCCCGACUUCUCGCCGCCCGGCAAGCGCCGCCUGCAGGCCCCGGGUAAGCGCCGCUCCUUGGCCAGGCGGCUGCGGGCCCGCAGGAACGAGAACCGGAGGCCGGCCGGGAAGGAGAACCAAGAACCGGAGACGCGGGGCCGAGGGAAGGAGAACCGAGAACCGGCGGGGAAGAAGAAAAAGAAAUGGAACCAGGGGAAAGAGCCGCGCGGCCGCAGAGCGGAGCCCCGGGGGUCGCCGCCGUCCUCGCCGUGCCCGUCCCCGGCGCUCGGUUCGCGGCUCCGCCGGCAGGGCCCGCUGUGCGCGGCGCGGCGGCCGCUGCUGUGCAGCACCCCGCAAUGGGCCCCGCCGCCCCUCAGCUCCACGGCCGGCAGCGGCUCGGCCCCCGGGGACAGCCCCCAGCCCCGCCGCCGCCGCCGCGGCCCGCCCGUGCGCCUCAGCUCGCUGCUGCUCAGCACCACCAUCGAGGGCGGCUCGGGGCUCAGCGACUCCCGCCUGCUGCCCCCCAGCUCGCCCGAGGGGCGCUCCCGGCUGGGCGCUGCUGAGGAGGUGCCUGAGUGGUUCCGACCCGAAGGGUUGGCUCGGAGCUGUGAGGCCGAGCCGGGGCUGCGGGGGUCCCGCCGCGCUCUGAGGUCCUGCCGGGCACGAGCGGCCCCGUCCCCGCAGGAAGCUCCGAGCGCUCCCCUGGAAGCGCUGCCGCCCGCCGAGGGUGAGCCACAGCCCCCUGCUCCCCGGGACAGUGGCACUUGUGAGGAACCCUGCCAGGUUCCGUCUCCUCCCGCCGGAGAUUCGGCAAAAAGAAGCUCGAGCUGUCACACAGACAUAGCCAAAGAGUACCGGCUUGUGCCAGUGGUGGUUCUGGAACCUCUGGAAGUGGCAAUGAGAAUGAAGAGCAUGAAACUCAAGGAGCAGGGUGAUGUUCAACCUGCCUGCCCGCUGCCAGCAUCUCCCGUGGGCCGCCAAGGGAUCUUGGAGAACAGAUACAAAAGGACCAAGGGUGUCCCUGGAGAGGGCAGCACCUGCAGGAAAGCUUGUAUCAGUGGCUUCAGUGCCAGCCGCUGGGGCAGGCACACCAGGCUCCGUCCAAAAAGGCACAAGAACAAGAGACAGCAGCACCCCAACAACUCCAUUUUCAGACUCCAAACGAGGCAAAAACGAGCUCGGAAGGGAGCUCUGGAGAUGUCUGUAGGUGUCAGAGACAAUGACUAUUCACUCAAUAGCUCUUAUUCCUGGGCUAGAGUUCGGGCAUCUCUGUCCUUCCAUAAAAAGAAGAAAGUGACCACAGAUGAGAGUUUCUGCAGCAGCAUCCUCUGUAACUCUUCAGGGAAAUCUCACCUUUCAGGGUACCAAGCCAGCCUGUCUGCUGCUAAAGCUCAGGGCUGCUCCUGGUUUGCUUCCCCCAUGGCCCUGCUGGCUCCCAGUGAUUCCUCCUCUGCCCUGGAGCUGCUCCUUACAGAUGCAGAGAAAGUGUUUGGAGAAUGCAACCAGGAGGGGCCUAUUGCUUUUGAGGACUGCAUUCCUUUAAAUAAGAUGAAAGAUUGCAAGAAAAUUGGAGAAGGGGUGUUUGGAGAGGUGUUCCAGAUUGACAGCGAGAGAGGACCUGUGGCCUUAAAAAUAAUCCCCAUUGAGGGGACUGAAAAAAUAAAUGGUGCAGCUCAGAAGAGCUUUGGGGACAUUCUGCCCGAGGUAAUAAUUUCAAAAGAACUCAGUAUUCUGUCUGAGGGCUCUGUGAACAGAACUGUGGGCUUCAUCAGCCUGUACUCCGUGCACUGUGUCCAAGGGGCCUAUCCCAGCUAUCUCCUCAAAGCCUGGGACAAAUUCCACGAAGAAACAGGCUCAGAAAAUGAAAGGCCCGACAUUUUUGGGGCCCAGCAGCUCUUCAUGGUGCUGGAGUUUGAGUUUGGAGGCCGGGACUUGGAGUGCAUGAGGAGCAGCUUCUCCUCGCUGGCAUUGGCCAGGAGCGUUUUGCACCAGGUCACCGCGUCCCUGGCCGUGGCAGAGCAGGAGCUGCACUUCGAGCACAGGGACCUGCACUGGGGGAACGUGCUGGUCAAAAACACAGAUGUCAAAGAGCUUCAGUAUGUGCUGAAUGGAGAGACACACUCCAUCCCCACAGCUGGCAUCCACGUCAACAUCAUCGACUACACGCUGUCGCGGCUGGAGAAGGAUGGGCUCACCGUGUUCUGUGACCUCUCCACGGACCAGGAGCUCUUCCAAGGCACUGGGGACUACCAGUUUGACAUCUACAGGCAGAUGAAAGAGGAGAGCUCCAACAACUGGACUGCCUAUCAGCCACACAGCAACGUCCUCUGGCUGCACUACCUGGCUGAUAAACUCCUGAAAGGCAUGAGCUACAAGAGAAAGGCAACAACUCCUGCCCUGAAGAAAAUCAAGAUGCAGCUCAACAAGUUCCACAGGGAAGUGCUGACCUUUGGGUCUGCCCAUGAUGUUCUGCACCACAGCAGCCUCUUCCAGUGAGAAGAGGUGCAAGGACUGAGCCCCCAGUGCUGCCUUUCUCCUCUGCUUUUUGUAUGUGUUGGCACAAUGAAGUGUUUUGAUUGUCCUGAAAUGUCCUGAAAAAUCCCCCUCAAAGUCUUCUGCACUAAGAUACCUUCUGGUUUUGAGGGGUGCUAGAGGGCUGACUUUGGAGAAAGGAGGGGAGAAAAGACUUCUUCAGGCUCAGUUAGUGCUCUGAAUUUCACAUAAAUUGCCAUUUUAGCCUUAGAUUAUUAAAAGUUCUUUUUUUACUGGAUUGUCUUUUUUACAGAUUUUUUUUAAAAAGUAAAAACUCAUCAGCUGUGCACAGUGAGGACAAUGGUUAAAUGGUUGGCUCACUGGAGACAAAGGGGAAAACCCAUCCUUUGAUUUAAUUUUGGCAAAAUUUAUACCUGGAAUGAAGGUACAAAAUGUAAAUAUGUGAAAUGUCUGUAAAGGGUUUUAAACCCACUAAUCUAUUUUUUAUUCCCUCUCUCUGGUUUUGAUGGUUAUAAUAUUGUGGCCUUGUAUACUGAUAGGAACUCAAAUCUGUAACCUGGUGGUAGCACUGAAGCAAUUUCUUUGUUUAUCUACAGAAGAAAAUGCUCAAGGUAAUAAAUGUUCUUCAGCCCUGACUGCAGAUGGAAACUCUCCUUACAUUAAAUCCCAGUUCCCUGCUUUUGCCAACAUUCCUGUUUAUUAAAGAAACUGGGCUAAAGAGAAAAAUAAAUCCAACUAAAGUGAAUUAAAUGAUGAUCCAAUGACACAGAUGCAUUAAGAAAUUGAGGCAGCAUCAUCAAAUUCAUUAUAGCUGGAAUGCUUUCCAUGCAGUCUAAUAAAUAAAUAUCUAUGUGCAUCUCAAAGAUUCAUCUUGGACCCUCUCUGGAAGUUUCCUUUCUACAAACCCAACAAGGAGACCCUGGGAUUUAUUGUUCUUCCUUCCAGACACUGCAGAAAGUGACCUGACAAUCUGCAAUGCUUCAAAUUAUUAAGAUGGAAAUUGUGCUGGAAUGUUCCCAGGCAUCCUCUCAACCUUUUUUUUCCCCCCCUCUAAUUAAAUAAAGUAAUGCACU